GCGUUGUUUGGGUUCAGAAACUUCAUGGGAGUCCGAUGUUUUUUCCCUGUUUGCGUCUGACUCUCGCCCCUGGCUCCUCACGGCAUAGCAUAAUGUUGCGGGGCUCUUAAUUUGCAAAGGAUUUACUCCGAAUUUAGGGCGAGUCCAGCAGACUCAGUCAAGCCUGCCUUCGUUUCUGUCUUAGCCCCUGGGCACAGGCGUCUGCCAAUUCUGGAGCCAUAUAGUAGACUAUAAGUAAUCUCCAUUCCUGGCGUAGCUCGGGAGCAGCGCGGGAAAGCAAAGGGCUAUGGACCCGAACGACGAAUAUGGGCCCAGCGGCCAAAUCGACGAGGACGCUUAUGAUGAUGGGCGUGGCAGUCGCCUGGACGGGCUGCAGGCUCAUGCAGACCACUUCCAGGUGGACGCUUUCUUCAAGGCGCUGGCAAAGGGCGGCAAGGGAUUCAGCCUCUUCAAGCGGAAGCCGAAGAGUGCUGGAGCGGGAGCCACGGGGUCGGGGGGCUUCACCCUUGACGACCUUCUUAUGUUCUCAAACGAACCGAUCCCUACCUCGCUCCUAAAGCUGAGCAAUGAUCAUAUCAGCCGGGCGGUCAAGAUGUUCAGCGGCAUCCUCAAGUACAUGGGCGAGACGGGCGAGCAGCUGCCUGCUAUCCAGAGCCUGGAGAUUGCGCAAAAGCUGCUACACCAGGGCCUGAAGCGGCCGGAGCUGAAGGACGAGCUGUAUAUGCAGCUCAUUAAGCAGACGCGCGGCAACCCCAACAUCGCCUCGCGCGUUAAGGCGUGGGAGCUGUUCCACCUGGUGGCUUCCACCAUGCCCCCCUCCAAGGAGUUCGUGACCAUGGUGUCGGAGUACAUCCACGCCGUGGCGCACGAGGAGCAGGAGGACGCGUUCGUGCGGCAGCUUGCCACCCGGACGUGGAACAGCCUGAAGCGCUCGGCUAAGGCAGGGCCACGCCGCACGCUGCCGCAAAUCGAGGAGAUUGAGGCGCUGCUGAACGGGCGGCAGCUGCAAGCGAUCGUGUUCUUCCUGGACGAGACGUUUGAGGAGCUGACCUACGACGUGACCACCACGGUGCUGGAGGCUGUGGAGCAGCUGGCCAGCCUCAUCAAGCUGCAGAACUACACCACCUUCACUCUGUUUGAGUGCCGGAAAGCCGUGGGCGCCAAGCAGGCGGGUGUGGAGCCGGUGGCGGACGAGCACAUUCUGCUGGAUGACAACAAGUACAUCGCCGACGUGCUGUGCGAGUUCCGCAACUCCAAGAUGACGCGCGAGGGCUUCAACAGCAAGCUGCUGUUCAAAAAGCGCAUGUUCCGCGAGACGGACGAGACCAUCACGGAGCCGCAGUUCGUCAACCUGAGCUAUGUGCAGGCGCAGCACGACUACCUGCAGGGCAACUACCCGGUGGUGCGCGAGGACGCCAGCCAGAUGUGCGCGCUGCAGAUCCAGGCGGAGCACGCGUCCACGCUCAACGACAACGAGGAGCAGAUCAUGCUGUGCAUCGAGAAGUACAUCACCAAGCAGGUGCUCAUGACCCGGCCGCGCGAGGAGUGGCGCGCGGACGUGACCGCUCGCUACCGGGCGCUGGAGCAGUUCAGCAAGGAGGACGCGCGGCUGCAGUUCCUGCGCAUCCUGCGCAGCCUGCCCUACGGCAACAGCAUCUUCUUCGCGGUUAAGCGCAUUGAGGACCCCAUCGGUCUGCUGCCCGCGAAGCUGAUUCUGGGCAUCAACAAGCGCGGCGUGCACUUCUUCAGGCCGGUGCCCAAGGAGUACCUGCACUCGGCGGAGCUGCGCGACAUCAUGCAGUUCGGCAGCAGCAGCACCGCCGUGUUCUUCAAGAUGCGCGUUGCGGGCGUGCUGCACAUCUUCCAGUUUGAGACGCGCCAGGGCGAGGACAUUUGCAUGGCGCUGCAGACGCACAUCAACGACAUCAUGAUGAAGCGGUACUCGAAGGCAAAGGCCAGCGCCAACAACGAGAAGGGGCAGCAGCAGCAGCUGGGCCUGUCGCAGGGCAACUUCGGGCCCAAGUACGAGCAGCACGUGGCGCAGCUGCAGCAGGAGCUGGAGGACCUGCGGAAGAAGAUCCAGGUCAUGCAGCGGCAGGAGGCGGAGAUCAGGUAUGAGAGCGAGCGGCUGGCGGGCGAGCUGGCGGACGCAAAGGAGUCGCUGACGGAGGAGCAGGCGGCCAAGGACCUGCUCAACGAGAACAUCAACCGCCUCACCGCGGAGGUGGACACGCUGCAGACGGAGCUGGCGGUGGCGAAGGCCAGCGCGGCGCAGGCGGCGGUGGCGGGCGCGGCGGCGGCGGGCGGGGCGGCGGCGAUUGCGGCGGCGGCCACGGACGACAAGGCGGUGCGGGAGCUGGAGGUGCUGCUGGAGACGCGCAACAAGGAGCUCGCGGACGCGAACGACAAAAUGGCGGCGCUGGACAAGCGCUGCACGCAGCUGCAGAAGGAGAAGGAGCUGAUCGAGAAGAAGAUGCAGCGCAUCGAGAAGGCGAAGGAGACGGAGACGACCGAGCUGCGCUCGCAGCUGGAGCUGGUGCAGGGCGACAUCCAGGCGCAGAUCAAGCUCAAGGACGCCAAGAUCACUGAGAUCAUGGAGGAGCUGGCGUCCAUCAACGCGCUGUACGUGGAGGCCAAGUCGGAGCUGGAAGGCACCCGCGCCGACGCCGCGGAGCUGGAGGAGCUGCGCGAGCUCAAGUCCGACAUCGAGCGCAAGGAGAAGCAGCAGGCGGCCAUCAUCGACCAGCAGGCCAAGCGCCUGGAGGAGCUUGAGAAGCUGUACAAGGAGGAGCAGAUCACGCGCAAGCGCUACUUCAACCAGAUGGAGGACAUGAAGGGCAAGAUCCGCGUGUUCUGCCGCGUGCGGCCCAUGUUGACCUUCGAGAGCGACAAGGGCCAGACGGCGGCGCUGAUGAUUCCGGACGAGCUGACGGUGGCGCACCUGUGGAAGGACGAGAAGAAGCCGCGCGAGUACAGCUUCGACACGGUGUUCCAGCCCGGCACCAGCCAGGACCAGGUGUUUGAGGACACCAAGCACCUGGUGCAGAGCGCCGUGGACGGCUACAACGUGUGCAUCUUCGCUUACGGCCAGACCGGCAGCGGCAAGACCUUCACCAUCUAUGGCAACGAGCGCGACCCCGGCCUGACGCCGCGCGGCGUGGCGGAGCUGUUCCGCAUCAUCAACCGCGACGGCGGCAAGUACACCUUCAGCGUGUCCGUCUACAUGCUUGAGCUCUACCAGGACUCGCUCCAAGACCUGCUGCUGCCGCCGGCGCCCAAGAACCAGCGCCAGCCGCCGGAGCCACCCAAGCUGGACAUCAAGAAGGACCCCAAGGGCAUGGUCACGGUGGUGGGCGCCACCGUGGUGGAGGUCACCUCCGGCAAGGAGCUCAUGGCGGCCAUCGAGGCCGGCCAGGCGCGGCGGCACGUGGCGUCCACGCAGAUGAACCGCGAGUCGUCCCGCUCGCACCUCAUCAUCUCCAUCAUCAUCGAGUCCACCAACCUGCAGACGCAGUCCGUGGCCAAGGGCAAGCUCAGCUUUGUGGACCUGGCAGGCUCGGAGCGCGUGAAGAAGUCUGGCUCCACAGGCGAGAACCUGAAGGAGGCGCAGGCCAUCAACAAGUCGCUGUCAGCGCUGGGCGACGUCAUCUCCGCGCUGGCCACCGAGCAGCAGCACAUCCCCUACCGCAACCACAAGCUCACCAUGCUCAUGUCCGACUCGCUGGGAGGCAACGCCAAGACGCUCAUGUUCGUCAACGUGUCGCCCACGGACGCCAACAUUGAUGAGACGCAGAACUCGCUGCAGUACGCCACGCGCGUGCGCACGAUCAAGAACGACGCCAGCAAGAACGAGCUGAACAAGGAGAUGCUCCGCAUGAAGAAGCAGGUGGAGUACUGGAAGGAACAGGCGGGCCUGCCGGCUGAGCAGCGCGACAUUGUGGACCUGGUGGAGGUGGCCGACACGCGCAGCCUCGCCGACUCCAUCGUGUCCGCGCCGCCCUAAAGCAGCAGCGCGGCAGUAGCAGUGGAGGCUGUAGCAGCGGCGUCCAGCGGUGUGGGAACGCGGAGCGGGAGGGAGCUGGAACGGGGCGGAGGUGGGGCGCCCGGGUGCCAGCCGCCGCCCGCCCUGGCUGUCGGUGGGGCGGUGGGGCAGGGGCGUAGGUAUAAGGCUAUCCAUUUAAGUGUAGGGGCGAGAGGUGUUGUACUGUUACCGUAAGCACUGGUACUCGGCAGGGGCAGUCGGCGGGCGCGCGGUGCAGAGAGGAACGUGCGAACGGGGCACUGCGGGGUCAGCACAUGCCCUGACUUCGUUGGUGGAAGCAACUGACGCGCGCGCAAGAAAGGAGGUUUAGGCAGUGACUACUUCAGACCACGACCAGGAAUUGACCAGCGCGCGGACAUGCGAGCGGGCGUGUGCAGCGUGAACAGAGAGGCGACGUGCGACGCAACAUGGCUAGGCACGCGCAGAAGUAGGGACAAUGAUAUGGUAUUCAACUGCGGGGAGGGCAACAGUGAUGAAGGACUAGUAUCGCGACACCGAACUUUCACCUUUUGUAAUGAACGACGAAU